CAAGGAGGCAUGUUUGAGUUUCAGAGAGAGCUGCAAUUUUCAGACUUGACCUCAUGCAGUUGGCAUUGUAGUCCAAUCAACUGGUGACAUUAUAGGGUUUCAGGCUGGCCUAAAUUGUCGCUUUACCAAAUGGGAAUAUUUGAAAAGUUCUGAUAGGCUGCUGAUUUCAAAGCUUUUGUAAGUUACUAAAACCGCAUCAAGCUGAGAAUCUAGUUAUUUUUCAAUCACUUCCGUGCCCAAAGCGUCCACUCCUGUCCGCCUCCGAGGCACAGGUGGAGCAGCCAUGUCCACUGGCUCCGCAGCAAGCGAUGCUGAGGACUAUGAGACUUGUUACAGAAGGACGGCGCGGAAAAUGAGAUGCUAUGAUCCCAACCCAUAUUCGGACGAGGAGCUGGAGGACGAAGGUGUGGACGGAAGGAUCAAGCAGGAGCGCAGACUCUCCAGGGCGCAGCAGAAGGAGGCGCGACAGUCGCAGAGAAAUGCGGCCAACGCCAGGGAGAGGGCGCGGAUGAGAGUGCUGAGCAAAGCUUUUUCCAGACUAAAAACCAGCCUGCCCUGGGUACCAGCGGACACCAAGCUGUCCAAACUGGACACGCUUCGACUCGCUUCGAGCUACAUAUCUCACCUGAGACAGCUUCUGCAGGAUGACCGGUUCGAAAACAGCUUUGCGCAUCCGGUCAGUCUGACCUGGCCCUUUAUGAUGACGGGACGAUCAGAGGACCAAGACAUCUCAGCCACUGUAAGACUUUGUGGAGCUACAGCAUAGAAACCAGUUCUAGUUCUUCUGCUAGAACCUGAAGACAAUGAGAGAAGUUGACACAGAAACCUUCCUCUCUAGUUCUCAUCUUUGAAAAAAACUGUUUGCAUUUGUGGCCCCCAUGUCCUAAACAGUGACUUUGAACUAUAUUUUGUUGCGUGCAUGUUUGCUAAACUCAAUAUGAUGGCAUGUUAACAUUGAGUGUAACCUCCUGUCUUCAUUUAUAUUUGACUUUAAAAUUCUGGAUUUGGGUUUUUACAAAUUUUGUCACUUGCCGUACUGUUGCACAGUGUUUCAUUAAACAUUACAGCUGAUCUCAAAACCUUAUUGAUGUACAAUAUGGUUUUGUGAGCGCAGUCUGUGUGUGUAACAUACAAUAGCAGUCUGUUUAGUAUUCGUAUCUGUAUGUAUUCAGGUACUUCUUACAGGUAUUAGAGUGCAGUCAAGUGUUAUCUAUUUUGCACAGAUCACAGGGCACACGUGCACAGCAGGAUUACUCUAUAACAAGAUCUAUUUAUUGCGUUUGUGGUGUGUUUGUGCUUUAAAAUAUUUGCAUUUCUGAUAAAUGUUUGGUAACGGUCAUCUUUUUUUUCCAGGUGUUAAACUAAAC